GAAUACAUGCAGAUAACGCGGGGCUCCGCUUGACAACCCACCAUGUCAACCGCCCAGACCAAAGCCCUCACGACCGUCGAGAUCCUCGAGACCAUUCUUCUCCAUGUGGAUAUCCAGUCCCUCCUGACAUCCGCUCAGCGCGUCUGUCAUGCAUGGCACGACCUCAUCUCCACGCCUUCCCUGCAAAAGCACCUCUUUUUGACCCCAGACUGGGAGCGACCGCAACCACAGCGCAACCCGCUUUUAGUCCAUGUUUUUCCGGGCUGGUUCAUCAUUGAACAUGGUGUCGAUCCUGACUACCGGAAGAAGGUCGGGCGCGACGGCCUCAACCCCCGCUGGGAUCUGACGCAACCCGACCAGAAGGCGUCCUUCAUCCGGAAAGACGCCAGCUGGCGGCGCAUGCUCGUGCAACAGCCUCCAAUCCGGGGGUUGAUUUCUUUCACGAGAAGGAGUGCCCUAGGUGGGGAUUCGAUCGAGGGCUUGCCUUAUAUCGAGCAUGAUGAUGAGGACGAGGACGAGGAGGAUGCUGAUGCUGAUGCUGAGGAUGGUGAGGAUGCUGAUGACGAUGAAGAUGCUCCUGCUCCUGCUGCUCCUGCUGAUGACGAUGAUCUUGAUGACGAUAUUGAUGGCGAUGAAGAUCUUUCCCCCUUCACAGUUGGACCACCGACGGAGCCUCUCCGAAUGGGGAAGCUGGUGGAGGAGGCCCCCAGCACCUCUUUACAUGCUGAUGUUCUGUGGGAUACCAAGGACUAUCGACUUCACCGUGAUAUGCUUCUUCGCAGCAGGAAGCGAGACAUUCGGGUGCUGCGCAGUGCGCUCAGGAGGAGCGGAAUGAUCGUGCUUUUGACUGAGAUCGUGCAAUGUGCCAUGGGGAAGCCGCCUCCGCAGAUCGCAUGGAGGGAAAGCCAGAGGCGCUGGUGGGCCGGGGUCGAAGAGCCCACGAGACGCGCUCGGGGUCAUCUAGCCAAGAGGCAACGUUGCUGUUGAAGGUGAUUUCAUUAUCAGACGUCGCCAAUUUCUGGAAUAAACUCGAUAGACUGCCAAGAGGCUCAUCUCAUGUGCACUGCCGGAACGGCAGGGACAAAGUGUGUUAGGAGGCCAUGCUGCCUGGACCCUGUGGAGGGAUCAUAAGACAACUCCACCGUAGCCUUUGCAGAUGGUCCACCGUGCGGUGACCGAGUCGCAGCAAACAGUGGCUAAUGUACGGUGUGAGGCUGGUGCACAUGGAAGACUGGCAUGGUUUCAACAAGAUUAGAUUUGUUGCUACUAUUCGGUUAUAAUGAGGGCUGAGUUAGGGUGUCUAUUAUUUAGAAGUUUUCUCAGAUUUCGCCAUAGUCCGAACCCUACGAGCCCUGCUUAUUGACAGGGAA